AUGAAGUUCCCCACUGCCUUAAUCCUCACCAGCGGUCUCCUAGCCGGCGUUCUGGCAGCACCACAUCAGAAAUCCGCAAUGGGAAGCGUCGAUGCCAUCGAUCCCCCGAUGCACGGGCAACCCGCAGACCACGGGGCCAUCAAUACUAUGCCGGGAAGCGAUGCGAGCGCGCUGAUCCUCCACAACACAGUCUCGCCCGACCACGGGGCAGUCCUGAACCCCUACCGUGAGAAGCGUCAAGACGUUUACAAUACUGCCUCCGACGGGAAUGUACUCACCGGCUGCGUGAAGGAUAUUGCGACCUGCCUCAAGAGGCGACACAACUGCUGGAUGAGUUGCAGGGCUGACUCCCGGAGUCCACGGUGGUGGCUUGAGGGCUCCGUGGGGUUUGGCAAGCGGGAGGCGGUGUUUUGCGUGGAAUUCUAUGUACAUGCAUCUCAAGUAAAGUCCGACAGGAAGAUGGCGGAGUGGUUUGGCGCUCUUGUGUACAUGGUGAUGCACUCCAGGUUGUCGCUGGUGGCCAAUGCAGAGUCAACUUAA